CCCAUCUCUGUGCCCGGGCGGCUUCCUGGGCUUGGAGGCAGCAUUUCCCCAGACUUCUGAGAGGUGGAGCAAGGAACUAUGGGCUCAAUGGACAUUGAGGAUGUUGCGGUGGUCUUUAGCCAGGAAGAGUGGGCUUUGCUAGAUCUUUCUCAGAGAAAACUUUAUAGAGAUGUGAUGAUGGAAACCUUCAAAAACCUGGAAACAGUGGUCUCAGGAAACCUUCCUGACGCAGAGACGUCAUUCACGGACCAUAUAAUACUGCAGUUCAUGAAGAAGACCACGUGCUCUUCCAUGAUAGGAGCCUAUGAAUCACAUGGCUGUGAAGAGCCUCAUAAAGCCCAAAGGAGACUCUCGAGAAGUAAUACAUUAGAGAACUUCUGUGACAGUAAUGAAGGCAAUCAGUGUGGAGAAAUCACCAAGCAGAGUCCAAAUGUUACUUUCCUUAAGAGAAACCCUUCAGCAGUGGAUCCUUUUGAAUACUUUCAAUGUGGAAAAACCUCCAUGGAUCAUCCAUCACAUAAGAAAGGUAGCACAUCUGACAGUGGAUGCAAUGCCUGUCAAUAUAAAGAAUGUGGAGAAACCUUCAGUUGCCUCUCUCACCCAACCACUCCUCUGAGAACACUUAAUGAGAAUAUACUCCAUAAAUGUCACACCUAUGGGAAAGACUUCAAUGAUACCCCUAUUUUUAAGACGCCUGUGAUAUCACACAAUAGAGAAAAACUCUAUGAAUGCCCUAGAUGUGGUAAAUGUUUCUGUUUCUCAUUAUUUGAAGCACAUUUGAAUGGUCAUACAAAUGAAGAAUGUGGUAACACUUAUAAGUCAUUAUCCCACAGUUCACAUAAAAAUGUUGAUAGAAGAUAUGUGGAUACUGAUUGUAAGCUAUUUGAAAAUCCUGUAAGCUAUUCCUCAGCCUUCAGUGUACAGAAAACAGAAAACAGUAUUGACAUCCCUUAUAAAUGUAAGGAUUAUAGGAAAGCCACUGUUUGUCCCCCUGCCCUCACUAGACAUAUGCAAAUGCCCAAUAGAGAAAUGCCCUAUGAGUGUAAUGAAAGUAGUCGUCACUCUAGUGAUUUCUCUAUUAAAGACAUAAGAACUCACAUUGGAAAAAGUCUGUAUGAAUGUAAGGAAUGUGGGAAAACCUUUAAAUGCUCCUCAACCCUCACCACUCAUAUAAGAACUCACAGUGGUGAGAGGCCCUUUGAAUGUAAAGAAUGUGGGAAAUCCUUCAGUCGAAGUUCAUAUCUCACUACACAUAUAAGAAGAAUUCACAGUGGCGAAAGGCCCUAUACAUGCCAGGACUGUGGGAAAGCAUUUAGUGAUUCCUCUACUCUCUCAAGACAUAUAAGAACUCACAGUGGAGAGAGGCCCUAUGAAUGUAAGGAAUGUGGGAAAGCAUUUAGUGACUCCUCCACCCUCACUAGACAUCUAAGAACUCACAGUGGAGAGAGGCCCUAUGAAUGUCAAGAAUGUGCGAAAGCAUUUAGUGAUUCCUCAGCCCUCACCAGGCAUAUUAGAACUCACAGUCUAGAGAGGCCUUAUGAAUGUAAAGAAUGUGGGAAAGCUUUUACUUGUUCCUCAACCCUCAACACUCAUAUAAAAACUCACAGUGGAGAAAAGCUUUGUAAGUGUAAGGAAUGUGGAAAGGCCUCUAGUGAAACCUCAAAAUCCACUAGACAAAUAAGUACUGAUGUAGAAGAUAAGCCUUAUGAAUGUAAGCAAUGUGGAAAAGCCUUUAAAUGUUCCUCACGCCUCAGUAUUCAUAUAAAAACUCACAGUGAAGAGAGGCCCUAUGAAUGUAAGGAAUGUGGGAAGGUCUUUAGUGAAGCCUUAUUUCUCACUAGACAUAUAAGAACUCACAGCAAACGGAAGCUGUAUGAAUGUAAGCAAUAUGGGAAAGCCUUUAAAUAUUCCUCAAACCUGAGCACUCAUUCAAAAACUCACAGUGGUGAAAGGCCCUAUGAAUGUAAGGAAUGUGGGAAGGCCUUUAAGUGUUCCACUUAUCUCAUCACUCAUAUUAGAACCCAUAGUGGAGAGAGGCCCUAUGAAUGUAAAGAGUGUGGGAAAGCCUUUAGUCAAGCCUCAAAUCUGACCUCACAUGUAAGAAGGCAUCACAGUGGAGAGAGGCCCUAUGCAUGUAAGGAAUGUGGGAAAGCAUUUAGUGAUUCUUCCACUCUCACUAAACAUUUAAGAACUCACAGUGGAGAGAAGCCCUAUGAAUGUAAGGAAUGUGAGAGAGCAUUUAGUGAUUCCUCAACCCUAGCGAAACAUAUACGGAGUCACAGUGGAGAAAGGCCUUAUGAAUGUAAGGAAUGUGGGAGAGCCUUUGCUUAUUCCUCAAACCUCCGUACUCAUCUAAAAACUCACAGUGGUGAAAAGCCUUACGAAUGUAAAGAAUGUGGGAAAGCCUUUAGUGAAGCAUCAAAUCUCACUAAACAUAUAAGAAAUACUCACAUAGAAGACAGGCUUUAUGAAUGUAAGCAAUGUGGGCAAACCUUUAAAUGUUCCACACAUCUCACCACUCAUAUAAGAACUCAUGGUGGAGAGAGGUCUUUUGAAUGUAAGCAUUGUGGAAAGAUCUUUAGUGCAACCUUAAAUCUCUCUAGACAUAUAAGAAGAACUCAUAUGGCAAAGAGGCUUUAUGAAUGUAAGCAAUGUGGAAAAGCCUUUAAGUGUUCCACAUACCUCACCACUCACAUAAGAACUCAUAGUGGAGAACGGCCUUAUGAAUGUAAAGAAUGUGGGAAAGCCUUUAGUCAAGCCUCCAAUCUCACUGUACAUAUAAGAAGAAAUCACAGUGGAGAGAGACCUUAUAAAUGUCAGGAAUGUGGGAAAGCAUUUAGUGAUUCUUCCACACUCACUAAACAUAUACGAACUCACAGUGGAGAAAGACCUUAUGAAUGUAAGGAAUGUGGGAAAGCCUUUAGUGAUCCUUCAACCCUUACCAAGCAUAUAAGGACUCACAGUGGCGAGAGGCCCUAUGAAUGUCAGGAAUGUGGGAAAGCCUUUACUUCUUCCUCAAACCUCAGCACUCACAUAAAAACUCACAGUGGAGAAAGGCCCUAUGAAUGUAAGGAAUGUGGGAAGGCCUUUAGUUGUUCCUCAAACCUGAACACUCAUAUAAGAACUCACAGAGGAGAGAGGCCCUAUUAAUGUAGGGAGGGUGGGAAGACCUUUUGUGAAGCCUCAAAUCUCACUCGACAUAAAAGUCGUAAUCACAUGAACGAGCCUUUAUGUCAGCAAAGUGUAAAAGACUUCCAAUGUUCGUCACCCUUGAGCGCUUAGGUAAGACCUCACAGUGGAGAAAGUCCCUAUGAGUAAGAAAUAUGUGACAGCGUUCGGUUGUCCUUUGGCUCUCAGUUAACAGGAAUUCACAAUGGAGAGAGGCUCUGUGAAUGUAUCAGAGCUGUAUAUCACAAAACUGUUAGUUGUCUUCCUCCCCUCUCAAUAUAAUCACUCACAUUGCAGAAAGGCUUUAUGAAUGUAAUAGGGAAGUCUUUACCUUAUGUCGUCUAGGACCUGUUAAUUAAGAUUAGACAAAGCUACUUUUUCCUUUUUAAAUUUUUUCUUAUUCCACACAGCCACGGAGAGAAACAAGAACUGUCAAAAAGUAAUCGUACAGUCAAAACACUGCUGGGUCUGUGCCACUUAGCUCCUUCCAAAGACUAAAAUAAAUCCACUAGUAUUGAACUAAAAUGUGGCGGUCUUCUACACAAAACGUAUGGAAAAUAUUAUAUGGAAAAAUGAUGUUUGGGUUUCAAAUUUUUAUUGUAGCAAAAUAAGGUCAUUCUAACUUGUGAUUACCUUCCUGAAUAUGAUGAUAUAGUUAGAGGCACUAUUAAAAGUAAAAUCCCAUCUUUAAAAUAACUUUAUGACAAACAAAUUCUGAAACUGAAACAACAAGCAACAAAUUUAUGUUGAAUAUUAGGUUGGUGAAUGGUGAAAUUGAUGCUUUAUGAGAAGCUUAUGGGGAUAAUGCCCCAAAGAAAUCAGCCUGAAAAGGCUACACUUGAGAGUCAUUCUCCACCAGAAAAAUGCGUCUGCUCAUUCUUCUCAUCAAACAAGAUUAAAUUUGAAGACAUUUUAGUGGGUAAUGUUAAUGGGAAAUAAUAACCUUAUGGUCCUGAUUAGGCUUUUUAAAGUUGGUUUUGUUUUUUUAAUUUUAAGAAACAUAUGUAGUGCAUCCAUUUCUUAGAAUUAAAAAAUAUGAAAACAAGUAUUUAAAUCUUGAAAUUUCCAGUACCCUGAGUUUGUUUGUUUUAUUCCCGUAUCAUGUCAAUAUCAACUCAUAAUUUGAAUUUUGCACUGACCUCAAAGAACUUUAUUUCUUUCCAAGGACUAUUUCUAAAAAAAUAGCUUUAAGGUAGUUAAUUCUCAGGCUAUUGUCGUCAACACAAAUGUUUUGCUGUUUUCAAAUAUAUGUGUUUAGAUAUUCACAUUCAUCUAAGGCACACAGAGUCCUCAAAGCAUAUCUUUGCUCUUUAACACUUUAAAGAAGUCAUUUGCAGUAGCUUUGCCCAAUGAAUGCAGUGAUUUAUUUGAUUUCUUGAUGUUUCUAUGUAUGUCAAAAAUGAAAUCCUUCACAAUCUCACUCCUACCCAUUUGUCUGUUUAUUUUCCCAGUUGUGAUGGUUGUUUACUUUCCAUUGGGUUACUAUUUGUUUUUAAUACUGCAGCCUUAACUUUCAUUAGCAAUUGUUUCAAAUCCUUGCUUUAAGCAAACAAGCAAGGUUGUGUUGUCUGCAUAUUUCAGGCUGUUAGUAAGCCUCCUUCCAAUCCUGGUACCAUGUUCUUUUUCAUAUAGUCCAGCUCCCCCAGUUGUAUGCCUACCCAGUUGAAUGCCAUUGAAUGGUCAAUAAUACACUAUGUCCUUACGACUGGUUUUAGUGUUUGCUGCCUAAAUUUGAAUAAUGUUUUUAUUCAUUAGAUACCAUGUUCUGUGUAUGGAAAUUAACCUUUUACAGACAGUCUUGUACUUCAAGUUAGAUCUUGAAAUGUCCUUUUUCAUCAGGAAUGUGACACCAUUCAUCUUUGCUGAAUUCUGUUCACAUUUGUUUACCCUGUCAGUGUUUGAAACAUCAGUGACAUAACUUCCAAAAACAUAACAAUAUGCAAGCCACCACGGUUCAAAACACUGACAAGUGACAUGGCAGGUUCCUAACACAGGGAGAACCUACCUGUCUACCUUGGAAGGACAGUGGUUAACCUACCUGUCUACCUUGGAAGGACAGUGGUUAAGGGAUGCAAAGAGUAAAGAUAACUGCCUUGUCCUCAUGGGUUUCUCAUGCAAUGCACCUGAAAAAUUCAAAGAUUUUAAUCUUUGUGAUCAAAUAGCCCUCAGAUGUUUAACAGGUCUUGUCUAAAAAACUAACCAGAACUUGGAACAUAUGAAAUACAAACCAAUGAAAUUAGAAUUUAUCCUAAAUGAAAUGGAACAUAUGCAGAUCUAUGUUGAAGGCUUCAAUAUAUUGAAAUGACCAGGCAUUGGCAAUCAAAUCAUACAAUAUAUGAUCUGUGCUCUGAAUGACAAAUUGAAGAGGAAUGACAUCACAUUUAUCAUCAAAAAUGUACAUUUUAAGGUGUAUCUUUAUGUAGAAGAAAUAAAACACUAUUAUUUAUAGUCUAGUAUCGACAUACCCACAAGUUCAGUUAAAAAAUGUAUUGAAACUUGCUCAACCUCUAAUUCUAAAGAUGAGGAAAUUAAUUUUUUUUACCAACUUUUGUAGCCUGAGACUGAUCAUACAUAUUAACAAGAUAAAAUGAUAAUUAGUGGCCAGUGGAUUAUAAAAGUUGGAAACAAAAAAUUGGUAGUUUGGAAAUAAGAGCUUGGUGAUCAGAAUGAUGUGCCAGGUCACAUGAUGCGAUUUUACAGCACUCAUGACUACUUACUUGAAAAUAGCAGUUAACAACACACAUGUCUAUAUUUAUGUGAAUCUUGCCCGAUGGAAUACACAGGAAAUCAAAUCAGCCACCUCUACAAAAAGCCAUCUCAAUAUCACUAAAUACAACAAGGCCUCUAGAACAGGUUAUUAAUUGCUGAUAUUGAAGAUGAAGUAAAUUAAAACAAGUCCUUGAGUAUAUCCUACCUAAGUUAACAGACCACCUCAAUACAUUGGACACUUUAAAAUAUUGAAAAUUAUAGACCAGUCAGAUUAUGAGACGACAUCAUGGAUAUCACAUAUGAAUACAGUAAAAGCUAUAAGACAAAAAAUGAGACCAACAUACAUGUUUGAGGAAACUGAAACAACAGUUUUGAACGUAGAAUUGUCAUCUGAAUUAGAAUAGCUAAAUGUAUAAAGAUUCACUUCCAUUAGUUUAACCCAGAAAAUUAAGUAAUAAAAGAAGUAACAUAUAUAAUAAUGAGUUCAGUAAUAUAUAUUAAUGAAUUCCAUUGGUGGACUUAAGUCUCUGCUUUAAAACACCUCUAGUAGUAUAUGAAUGCACAUGAGGCUGUAUGCUCAAAGGUUGUAAAUAACAAUAUCCAAGAUCAGAGGAUGAAAUUGUGUGAGAGCUUAAAUUCUAAGCAACUGGCUUGUAGAAAGCUGCGAAUAACCAAAAUCUGAUUGCAGACUCCUCACACGAAUUAAGACUUCCCUUGGUCCAUUGCCAAGGUGGUGAGUAGCCUCGUACUCAGACAGUGCAUUGGAAAGUGAAUUAAUGUAGAUAGAGUUAUGUUAAAAUCUAACAUGUGUUUUCUGAUCCAUUUUUUAAUUCUAGUUUAUUAUUUUUUGCUUUCCUUUGGUUUAGGGGUCUAUCGGUGCUUUAUUUUGAUAUUUUGGGGUGGCUUUUUAUAUGCUUUAAAUUCUAUGAAAUACAUGAUAGGCAAAUCUAUAGAGAUAGUAGCGAGAUUAAUAGUUUCUUAGGGUUAUGACAACAGAUGUUGGGGAUGCAUGAGAAGUAAUGAGUACCAAAAUGAAAGAAAUGUUCUAAUAUGGGUUGUUGUGAUUUUAAAAUGUUGUAAUAUAUUUAUGCCACUGAGCUGUAUAGUAUGUGGAUUUUAUGUCAAUAAAACUUAAAAAAAAGAAUAGGGCUCUGAUGAAUAUUGA